AUGGACUGUCCCUUCCCAGCCCGGGCGGGGGCAGGGGGCAGGGCGGGCCCAGGAUCAGAGCAGGUGUGGGCGGUGGCCCCGCCCCUGGGAGGGGACUUCCUGUUGGAGGAGUUGGGCCGGCCUGCCCACACCGCCACCACCGCCACCACCACCGUUGCACCUGGGAUCCGGCUCUGUCCUCCCUGGCUGACGGGGACGAUCCUGUUGGGGUCGGCACGCUGGGCCCAGAAGCUGGCUGAAGCUGGCACGGGGGCCCAAGUGACGUUGACUGAGAGGGACGAGCGCUACCAGCUGCGCUUCCUGACAGGGCCUGACCUGGACCCGCUGUGCCAAGUGCUGGUACACGGUGGGUCAGAGGGCAGGGCCCUCGGGAACCCUCAAGAUGCCAGGAUUCCAGACAGUGAACCCCUGCUGGGGGCCAGGCCCAUGGAGAACGAGGAGGGGCAGCUGGGGGAGGAGGACGAGUGCCCCAUCUGCACAGAGCCCUAUGGGCCCGGAGAGCACCGCCUGGCCCCACUGAACUGUGGUCACGGCCUGUGCGCAGGGUGCCUGCACCGGCUGCUGGGCACAGCCCCCAGUGCUGACCUGGGCCGGGUGCGCUGCCCGCUGUGUCGCCAGAAAACACCCAUGCUCGAGUGGGAGAUCUGCCGCCUGCAGGAGGAGCUGCUACAGGCCGAUGGGCCCCAGCGGCCACCACCUGCCGCCCCCGCCGCCCCCCCGCCGGGGCCCGGGCCCUGGGGCUCCCUAGAGCACCGCUACCAGCUGCGCUUCCUGACAGGGCCUGUCGGUGGCCGAGGCUGCCUGCCCUUCCUGCCCUGCCCGCCCUGCCUGGGCACCUGGCUCUGGGCCCUGCGGGAACGGGGGCCCUGCGCCCGCCGCCUGGCGCUGCUGGGCCUGCUGGCCCUUGAGCUGCUGGGCCUGCUGCUCAUCUUCACGCCGCUCGUGCUGCUGGGUCUGCUCUUGGUGCUGCUGGACAGCUCCCGCCGCUGAGCAGCGCCUACUGUGUGUGCCACUGGCUGGCCUGGGAGAGCCAUGGCCACCAGCGGACAGAAGGCCCGGACUGACCCGAAGCCUGGGUGCCCUGAGGGCCUCGGGGGCACCUUGCCUUGAGGCCUAAUGACCAGGCAGAAGAACCCCAGGUCGACCAGAGCACUUGCCUUCAAUCGAGACCCAGGACUGGAGCCCAGGGCGCCUGCCCCCCUCGGAGCCUGUGUUCAGCAUCUGCCCCAGCCAGAGACUCCAAACUGCCCUUCUGCCCAGACAUGGGCCACCGGUGCCCCAGGGCAGCACAGAGGUCUCUGACCGGGGCCCCAAGCGCUCCUCGGUGGACAGGCACCACGCUGCCACCUGGCCUGGCUGCGAGAGGGGCAGUGCCCAGUGGACAACAAAGUGAACAGAGGCACCUGGCAGUGGGUGGAGCCCAGGCAGGGGCCGCGGCGCCUACUUGCCCAUGUCCCAGAUAAGGGCCGGCAUGUGUCCCCUGAAGGUCAGGGCAGUCGCCGGGAGGGGACUGUGCAGCAGGGGCCAGACUGGGAGCUGAGCGGCAGCCCUGAGCCACUGGUGGGGUCAGCAGUGCCCCUCAGCUGCAGGGGAUGUGGGCCCAGCCGGGCCCUGGAGCCAGACAGCACCGCACCGGGUCCCAACUCUGCCCCCGAUGCCCUGCAGCGUCCCACCGCUGAGCCUGGGGCCUUUACCUGAGGGACAGAGACCAUCACGGCGCCAUUUCGUGGGCCUGCCCGGCACGCGAGCUGGCUCUCAAUAAAUAGCAUCCGCUGCGGC